GUGUGGGCGGGGUCAGGGGUGAAAGGUCAGAGGGGCUGCGAAGGGGCGGAGCGAGCCGGAGGCGGAUGGCGGCUGCGGCGGCUCAUCUGCUUCGGCGGUAGAGGCGCUGAAGCUGGGACGCGAGUCGGGCGUGUCCGGCGGUGGGAGGAGAGCGGCGGCCGCUCCCAACAUGCACAGUCUGGCGACGGCUGCGCCUGUGCCUACUGCACUGGCCCAGGUGGAUAGAGAAAAGAUCUAUCAAUGGAUCAAUGAGCUGUCCAGUCCUGAGACAAGGGAAAAUGCUUUGCUGGAGUUAAGUAAAAAGCGAGAAUCUGUUCCUGACCUUGCACCCAUGCUGUGGCAUUCAUUUGGUACUAUUGCAGCACUUUUACAGGAAAUUGUAAAUAUUUAUCCAUCUAUCAACCCACCCACCUUGACAGCACACCAAUCUAACAGAGUUUGCAACGCUCUGGCAUUAUUGCAAUGUGUAGCAUCACACCCAGAAACCAGGUCAGCAUUUCUUGCAGCACACAUCCCACUUUUUUUGUACCCCUUUUUGCACACUGUCAGCAAAACACGUCCCUUUGAGUAUCUUCGGCUAACCAGUCUUGGAGUUAUUGGGGCCCUGGUGAAAACAGAUGAGCAGGAAGUAAUCAACUUUUUACUGACAACAGAAAUUAUCCCUUUGUGUUUGCGCAUUAUGGAAUCUGGAAGUGAACUUUCUAAAACGGUUGCCACAUUUAUCCUCCAGAAGAUCCUCUUAGAUGACACUGGUUUGGCUUAUAUAUGUCAGACAUAUGAGCGUUUCUCCCAUGUUGCCAUGAUCUUGGGUAAGAUGGUCCUGCAGCUAUCCAAAGAGCCUUCCGCCCGUUUGUUGAAGCAUGUAGUAAGAUGUUACCUUCGACUCUCAGAUAAUCCCAGGGCACGUGAAGCACUCAGGCAGUGCCUCCCUGACCAGCUGAAGGACACGACCUUCGCCCAGGUGCUAAAAGAUGACACCACCACUAAACGCUGGCUUGCACAACUCGUGAAGAACCUGCAAGAGGGCCAGGUCACCGAUCCCCGGGGUAUCCCCCUGCCCCCUCAGUGAUCCUCCCCCGUCCCCUCCCACUACUCCCCCAAGUUGGGGAAGGGAGGGGAAACCUGCGAGGAAUACAGCUCAGGUUUUAUUGCUGACUGGGAAUAGACGACCUCAAUGCUGAACUGCACUGGAGAAAAGGGGCACGGUACCCCUGCUGAGGUGUAUGAGCUGCCAUCAGGCUGCCUUGAGGACCUGGGCUCCCUCUGCUACUCCCAGGAAACGGGCUCCUGACACAGUGUUCUGCCACCACAGCCAAGGAGGGUGUCAACACCAGCAAAUGCUGUAUUUGCAGCAUGCCCAAGAUGACCGUGCUCCCUCACCUCUACCCAGCCACUGGCAGGGAGGGGAGACAGUGGUGACAGCAGCAGCACUCUAGGCAUGGUGAACGCCUGGGACCAAGCCAUGUGGCGUUUUCUUAUUUUGCCUUCCCGGAAGACUCAAGAUGUGUCUCUUCAUCCUCUCUCUCAGUAUUUGUUUACUUUGGUUUUUUGUUUUUAAUCUCAGAGAGAGGUGUAUUUAGUGGACACAAGCUGUAAUAUUCAGCAAAACUUUGUCAGUUGGUACUGUUUACAAGUCUGUUAGCUGCGUAAGCUCAAUAAAAAGUUGGUCUGGGCAUUACA